AUGAAUCAAGAGAGUGAGUAUCUCUGUGACUCUAUGGAUAGACCGCGAUACGAUACAAUCAAUGACAAUACUAGAUAUGAAAGUGAUGGAGAAUCUGCAUCUUCUGGCGAUGCCAUAGACAAUCGAUAUCGACUAAUGAGUCCAGAUGCAGAUCGCGAUGACUUUAUUGACGAAGACUUCAUAGAGGAUCUUACUGCCCCAACAAGCUCUAGGAAUGAAGUCUCCUAUAUCUUAAGCAACUCCGCUCUAAUUACAUUAACUUUUCUAAUGGAAUACUCUUUGGCUAUUAUUUCUUUAUUUGUCAUCGGUCAUGUCUGUAAAUCAAGUGAUGCCUUAGCUUCCGCAUCUUUGGCGGUAAUGACUUACAAUAUUACUGGUUUAGCAUUUGUGGAGGGUAUGGCCACUUCUUUGGAUACCUUUUGCUCACAAGCGUAUGGUGCCAAGAAAUAUGCAAAAGUUGGUUUAUAUUCAUUCCGUUGUGCAGCGAUGAUAAUGACAGGUAUUUUCCCUGUGAUUAUAUCAUGGUGGUUCAGUGCUUCAUGGUUAGGUUAUGUGAUUGCUGAACAGGAUAUCCUCCCAGAGAUACAACUUUUCUUGAGAAUAAUAUCGUUUGGGUUGCCAGGGCUGAUUUUUUUCGAAACUGGUAAGAGAUUCCUUCAAUCACAGGGCCAUUUCCAAGCAGGAACAUACUCCUUGUUGAUUACAGUUCCAGUUAAUAUUAUUCUAGUGUAUUCAUUUACUCGUUACAUUGGAUAUGCUGGUGCUCCUCUAGGUAUCGCCAUAUCGCACUGGUUUAUGGCCUUAAUGCUACUGGUUUAUUGCAAAUUUUGGAGAAAGGAAACUCUGAUUUGUUGGUAUCCCAUGUUCUCUUCAAUGUUCCACUUUAAAAGAUUAUUUUGCAGCUGGAAACCUAUGUGGAAUUUGGCAUUUCCUGGUUUACUCAUGAUUGAAGCAGAGUACCUUUCUUUCGAAGUAUUGACUAUUAUGUCUACAUAUCUCGGUGUCAAGGCUAUAGCAGCACAAUCAGUCGUAUCGAACAUAGGAUCUUUGAUAUAUCAAAUCCCAUUCGCAAUGGGUUGCGUAGUUUCCACAAGGGUUGCUAAUUAUGUUGGGACAGAAUCGGUCAACAACGCGAAGAUCUGUAUUAAUACGUCGUACGUGAUAGCAGCGUUUGUAGGGAUUGCGAAUUGUUGUUUGAUUUUAACAGGUGACAAGAAUUUAGCGUAUUUGUUCACUAAAGACAAAGAGGUCGUUGAGUUAUAUCGUCAUGUCGCUCCAAUUUUGGCAGUUAACCAAUUAUAUGAUGCAUUCACAACUUUUAGCGCUGCGAUAUUACGUGCACAAGGACGGCAGCAAGUUGGCAGCCUGUUAAAUAUCAUAGCAUACUAUUUUAUCGCAUUGCCUUUAAGUGGAUGGCUAACUUUUGGUAAAUUUCAGUUGGGAUUAAAAGGGCUUUGGUACGGAUGCGGUACCGGGAUCUUAUUACUGGCGUUUGCUUUGAGCUAUUGUGUUUUCAAUUCCAAUUGGGAAAACAUAGUGGAAGAAUGCCAUAGAAGAGAAAAAGAAGAAAAUGAGGUUGACUUAGAGAGUAUGGCAAGUAACAUGAGCAAUAUUAUCGAUGUUUGA